AUCAGCAUUCAGAUGGUUUUAUAAACUGAAAAUAUAUUCUGAAUAUAGCUUUAUAAAUCGUUCUUAAUAAGUUAAUAUUUUUUUUCUCUUUAUUUCUCUAUGUAUAAAUUAAAACAAAUGAAAAACGAUAAGCAGCUUAAAAGUGGCAUGAAAAACUGUCCACUUGCGUAUGCGUUUGGCUGAUCGCAGAUCUGUUUAAAAAAAUCGAGUGGGGAAGUAGGUGUUGCAGUAAACAUGGCGGAUACUACAGUGGAUGCUACAAGAAGGCUGAAUGUUAAAAAACAAACUUUGGAUGAUGCAUACGCUGUCCCAGCGAAUUUUUUAGAAAUAGAUGUUAUUAAUCCAAUUACUCAUGGUGUUGGCAAGAAGAGAUACACGGAUUACGAAGUUCGAAUGAGGACGAAUCUCCCUGUUUUCAAGGUGAAAGAGUCCAGUGUGCGACGGAGAUAUAGUGAUUUUGAAUGGCUGAGGAAUGAGCUGGAAAGAGACAGCAAGAUUGUUGUCCCAUCUCUACCUGGAAAAGCCUGGAAGCGACAAAUGCCUUUUCGAGGAGAUGAUGGGAUCUUUGAAGAGGAUUUUAUUGAAGACAGGCGUAAAGGUUUAGAAGUGUUUGUAAAUAAGAUUGCUGGUCACCCAUUGGCGCAGAAUGAGAGAUGUUUACACAUGUUCCUGCAGGAGCCAGUCAUUGACAAGAACUACGUUCCAGGGAAGAUAAGGAAUGCGUAAUGCACGCUUGGACAAUGUUCUCUCGGUGAGGAACUGUGGUUUCGAUAUGGUCCGUGUUCACGCCAUUUGAUAUUACCAUUGUUCUCGCCCUUGUAUUGGAACCUGUAUUUUGAAAAUGUUUGUGUACAUAUAAAUUUUGUGUUAAUUUUAGUCAUUUUAAGUUAAUUUUUCCAUUCCUGGAAUUUAAUUGUAAGUUAUAUCAUCACACAAUAUUUUAUGGUUGGUGAUAAUGUAUGUAUCAUGAGCGAUUGUGAGUAAUAGUGGAUUCAUUUCAUUUCAAUCGUAAACCCAAUUUUUAUUGGGUUUUAACUAUUCGUAACUGUCACUAAAUUGUGUGUAAAUGUAAUAUUUUUUGUGGCACUACACAUUUCUCAAAUGUAAUAUUUUUUUUGUAUAUUUGUUUUGUCUUCAGUAUGUUGAUCAGGCAGGCAUUAUUAUUGUGUUAUGUGUAGAAUUGGUCUUGAUAGUUUGUAUUAUAGUAACUUUACUGUACAUUAGUAUGGAGAAAAAACAUUUUGCAGAUAAGUCUAUACAUGCAGUCUUUUUUACUAUCAGAGGGUCUCCAUACAUUAUACAGUCUUUUCAAUACAGAGUUCACACUAUCUCUGUGAACUAGUUUUGCAAGCAGCACCGUGAAAUGAGACUAGAUAGAAAUAAGUAGUUUUUGUUAUGAAAAGUGCAAGAUUGUUCAAUUGGCAGUUUAUAAAUGUUUUUUAACCAGGUUUAAUUUUCCCUUAUACAGUAGUACAACAGAAAAAAAUCUCAUACAUUUAUGCUGCAGGUGAUAUUAGUGUAAAUUGUAAGAAUAAAUAAUAGCUAUAAAUAAUUUUAAAAUAAAUCUCUAUAUCAUACCAGUUAAAAUAUUACAUUCUAGUUGUAUCAGCAGUUUUUGUGUGGAAAUGGUUUUUCAUUUUGAUGGUCAGUAAUUUAAGUGUGUUCCAAGAUGCUGCAGCGGCCUUGAAAAGGGUCAUUCUGCACAAGUGCAAGAGAUAAGAGUGCAAUAGCAGUUGUUAUAAAUUAUUUAAAGAUGGCUGAAGUAGCAGAAGGUUCAAGUUUUGCAAACUGUGUUGAACUUCUACCAUUUAAGUGGUUUGUUGGUAGUACAUGUGAUGUGUGUUAUCUGUCAAAGUGAAUCAUUUGUUUUGAUGUACAUUGUAUUUAUUUUCAUAAUGAUAUUUUUAUAGGUAGAUUGUCUGACAAAAAAAAUGAGGAUGUAAAUUAAUUUUCUAUGUCGGCAGCCACUUAUGCUAUUUAUGUGAAAUGUAAUUAAAAUCUAUAGAGGGGUUAAUAGGACCCAUUAAGGAUGAAUUUGGUUUAAAUACAUCACUAAUGUUUAAAUUUGCUUUGAAAAGUUUUCAAGUAAUAUGAGAAUUCAAAUAAACUAUUUUCAGCAACAUUCUGACAUUUUAUGUUGCAAUUUUAAAAUAAUAUUAGCCUAAAGGAAUAAUACAUCCUACCAUCUCUUAAUUUUGAUAAAACAAUUUUUUAUUUUGCUUUAAUUUCUGGUUUCUUGUUAAUAUGAUGUUGCAAGUCAUAAGUUUAAUCUCUCUCCAGAUUGUAGCAAUUUUUUGUGUAUGUAAAUCUCUGAACAAAAUGCAGUGUUUAUACUGUGUUGUUAUAUACCCACACAAGUGAAUAUGCUAUAAUGUAAUCUAACCGGUAGCUAAGUAUAAUUUUACUUAAGUAUAUAUUAUUUAUACAUUUACUGAAUAGUAUAUGCUUUUUGUAAAAACUUCUAAGUUCUUAUUAAUAGCAUAACUAACUUUUCAAGGUAACAGAUCAGUUUAGAACUUAGACAUGAAAUGAAAUAUUCAUAGAAGUUGAGUUUUAAGACUGCGAUACCAAUAAACUGUGUGACAGAACUUUAGUAGUUAUCUGAUUCAAUGUCCAAAAGGUUAAAUUUUCAGGCGAACCUUAUUCUUAAGAAAUGUAUUUAUUUAAGAAAAAUUCUUUAUUGUAAGAUUUGUUCAUUAAACUAUGCAGUGUUUUGUACUGGCAAUAAAAUGUUAAGAUGUAAAUAUACAACUGGGACUUUA